AAUAUGGACACGGGGAAUGAAAUAUGGCGGAUAAGGCGAACAUGGAGAAACGAGCACUGAGAGAGCCCCGCCGCGCUGAUUUUGGAGGGUUGUAGAAAGAAGAAGAGGAAAGUGGAUGUACCUCCGGUGGGACUUUUUCCAGCCUCGGUGGAAAGUUUUGUAUCUGCGUUUCUUUUCUCCAGCGCGUCCAGGUCGAUUGGUUGUAAUGCAGUGAGGAGCGACUUUUUCAGGGGGAUAAAAGCAGGGCAGGGGGCUGCAGCCCUCUCACCGUCUCGACGCUAUGCCGUGGGUCAGCGGCGGAAAGCGGAGAGAGAGCUCGGAACUGCCGCUGCCCGCGGGCUGGGAGGAAGCCCGGGAUUACGAUGGCAGAGUGUUUUUCAUCGACCACAACACCCGGCAAACUUCAUGGAUUGACCCCAGAGAUAGGAUCACCAAACCGCUGACGUUUGCCGACUGUGUUGGAGAUGAACUGCCUCUCGGGUGGGAGGAAGUUUAUGACCAACAAGUGGGAGUUUACUACAUUGACCACAUUAACAAGACCACCCAGAUUGAGAACCCGCGGACUCAAUGGCGGCAGGAGCAGGAGCACAUGCUGAAGGAGUACCUUGUGGUGGCCCAGGAGGCCCUCAAAGCCAAGAAGGAGAUAUACCUGGUCAAGCAACAGCGACUGGAGCUGGCUCAGCAGGAAAUGAUGCUCUUCCACGAGCUCUCUGAGGACAAUCGCUCCAUCACCAGCACGGUCUCUGGCUCCUCCUCAAACGCGAAAUACGACCCUGACCAAAUCAAAAUGGAAAUAGCCUGUAGACGAGAGCGGCUUUCCAGACUGAAGCAGGAGCUGGCCCAGGUGAAGCAGGAGCUGCAGUAUAAGGAAAUGGGAGUGGAGACCCUGCAGGAGAUUGACAGAAAGAUGUCCUCCAGUCAGACAAACUACAAGCUGGACGAGGCUCAAGCCAUCUUCAACGAACUGCGUAGCAUCAAGAAGGCCAUCAGCACAGGCGAGAAGGAGAGGCAGGACCUCAUCCAGAGCCUGGCUAAGCUGACUGUUAACUUUCAAAGCAGCUUGUCGGUGAGCGAUUCGGCCAGCGAGGUGGUGAACAGCACUGGAACCGUGGGUGACUCGUGCAAUCUGCAGCAGUACUGUGACACUGGCUGUCAGACUGACAUCAUGGGGGAGUGUGUUUCCCAAGACUCCUCAUAUUUGGUUGACAAAGUGAAACUGAACUGGCAGUACGAGGAAGCCAAGAAAAAGGUGCAGAGCAUACAGCACCAGCUAGCACAGCUGGACAGUGAGAGCUGGUCGGGCCGGGCCGAGGCAGACCGCGACCGGGACUUCUUGCAACUCCUGCGCGAGAAGGAGGCCCUCCUGCAGGAGAUCAUUCAUGUCAGCAAGCAGCAGCACCCGCCGGAGAAGCUGCUGGAGCUGGAGGAGGAGCGCUCCAGGCUGGAGGAGGAGGUGCAGAGGGCACAGAGCUCCCAAAGCCAGGGAGCCAAUCAGAGGAUCCUGCAGCAGGAGAAGAGGAAUGUUCUGCUCAGACAGCUGGAGGAGGCAACACGCAUCACCACCUACCUUCACUCCCAGCUGAAAAGCCUGUCGGCCAGUUCUCUGACCGUGUCGUCCAGCAGCAGCCGCGGCUCUUUAGCCUCCAGUCGGGGUUCCCUGGCGUCCAGCCGAGGCUCCCUCAGCUCCAUCAGUUUCAGUGACAUCUACGGUCUCCCCCAAUAUGAGCGCCACGAGGGCGCUGGAGAGCCCCUUGACCCUCACCUCCGUUACCUGCUUCCCCCAGAGACCGUCUCCAGAGACUGCUCCAUGUUUACCCCCGACCCUCUGACCCAGAGCAAAACCAAACGCUCCCACGACACCCCGCAGUCCCUGGCUUCGCUGUCCUCCCGCUCCUCGCUCUCCUCCCUGUCACCGCCCAGCUCGCCAAUGGACACGCCCUACCACUCUGCCCCUCAGGACUGUCCCCUCACCCAGAUGACGGAGGAAUACAUGGAGCAGGCGGGCCGCGGUAUUUUAGAGGGGCUACGAGCACAGUCACAAACCCUAUCACACACCUCCAUGAUAAGCAGUGAGGAAACGGUCAGCCCGGCCGCUGUGCAUCAACUGGAUAACAAGAUUCACAGAGACAGUGGGGCUCAGGCGGCUUUCACCUCCACAGGAGUUACUCUGAGGGGAAACAGUGCCAACAGAAGUGGCAGGAGAGCAAGGAGAGUCUCUGCAGGUGUUUCUGAGGAUGCUCUGGCCACCGACAGCGGGGUGUUUGAGGCCUGGGGCAGAAGGGCGGAGGAGUUUGAUGAGAUGUCAUACAUGAAAGAGCUGACGUCUGCGAGCGAGCCCACCCAGAUCCAACUGGGACUGCUGUGGGAGUCCAGUUCUCAGUCUCUGCGACUGCAUCUGUUACAAGUCAAAAAUUUAAAUAGGUCAAUUGUGAGAGACGGCUAUAAAGUGUAUGUGAAGGUGCACCUGAUUUCACUGGACGCCAGCAGGGCCUGUGCGUUUUACUGUUGUACAGCAUUGGAGCCACAAUCCCAGAUGACUUUCAACGAAGGCUUCCGCAUUCCUGUCCCAGCAAACGCCCUGGCGGUGUGCGUUCUGCAGCUGUCUGUCUGCUCACUGGGACCUCAGGCUCAGGAAGAGCUGCUGGGUAAAGCCCAGGUGAGCCUGGCAGAUUGUGAGGGGAGCCCAGAGAUGGUUUACCACUGGCUGCGAGUGCAGAUGUUGAGUGGGACAGAGUCACAGAGGCCUGAACAGAGGAACGUCAUCCAACGCAGACACCAGGAUGGCCAGGUUGACGAACAAAGGCCCGGAGCCAUGGACACUGCAUGCAAUCUGCUGUCACGCAACACCCCCACCCACCUGGAGGAGCGGGAGAAGAAGGACGAGCCUGGGGAGGCAGCGUCGGAAAGGAGUUGGCAGGCGGAGUCAAUCGACAGCGGCUGCAGCAACAGCAUUGCAUUCGCCGCUCCCUGCUCAGAGGGCCUGUGUGCAGAGGGAAUCUGCAUCACCACCGGAGGACGCUGUGACCAGACAGUCUGCAAACCCUCAACAAUCAAGGUAGAAAAGGCGACCAUGACAGAAGGCAUGUUCCCAGAGCCGGUGCGAGUCCGACCUAAAGAGCGGGGAGCCCGCUGGGGUCACGCCUCGCCGUUCAUGCGUGGUAGCACCAUCGUUCGCUCCCAGACCUUCUCACCGGGCGCUCGUAAUCAGUAUGUGUGCAGGCUGUAUCGCAGUGACAGUGACAGCUCAACUCUACCAAAGAAGUCGCCUUUUGUUAGAAACACAUUGGAAAGAAGAACACUGCGAUAUAAGCAGGUACGUUGUCAUUAUGUCUCUUUCACCCUGUACCUGUACGGGUUUUCUUGUCAUUUACCUGAGGUGUCUGUGUGUGAGCAGCAGUCGUACCGCUCCCCCCUUGCCGAGCAGCCGACGCGCACCUCCCUGGACCUGGAGCUGGAUCUCCAGGCCUGCAGGACCCGUCAGAGGCAGCUGAUGGAGGAGCUGAGCGCCCUGAGAGAGCUGAAGCUGCGACUGGAGGAGCCGCAGUCCAGGGAGGCCACCGAGCUCCCCAACUGGGCGCUGAGGGACGAGCGCUUUCGAUGCCUGCUCAGAGAGGCCCAGAGACAGGCCAACCAAAGCAAGCAGGAGCAACGUCAGGAAGAGGCGGCAGAGAGGAGGCUGAGAAAGGCUUCUAAGGAGGUUCUACAGAUGAGAGGGCAGAGCCAGAAGGAGCCGCUGCCUGUGCAGACGUUCAGAGAGAAGAUGGCUUUUUUCACAAGACCAAGGUUCAACAUACCUCCUUUGCCGGCUGACGAUGUAUGAGAGCUCGUCUCUGUAUUAUGUGACUAAACAUGAAGUAUUUGUGCUCUUUUUUUUUUUUCUUUUUGAGCUCAUGAAGUACCAAGAUUUCUUCGAAGGCCACAGGCGACGUGACCAGCAGACUAUGAAGACUCAAAGCUCAAAGGUUUCACAUUUUCAGAAACAUUUGUGUGAUUAUUGUAAACACAAACACACUAAAGAUGCACAGUUAUUGACGACAGCGCGGCUGCUCGUUUCCUUUUUGAGGAAAGUGACUUCCGAACAAUCUCCCUCUCUACUCCUGUAUGACUAUCUUCUGUUUGUGCUUACAAAAGGCUGGAAGACGGGAACAAAAGUCAGUUUGAACAAAUUCACUGUACUGUAACUUAUUUUAUAGUACUUUUCCUUGAAGGAAAUAAAAAAGAACUCUUCCUGCUUUUUUUAAGUGUAUUUUGUAGCUUUGAACAAAUAGCACUUCAGUGUUUUUACAUACAGUAAAAUUGAAUUAUUGUCUGAUUUGUCUCCUAAUUCUUAAGAGUUAUUUGCAUAAAAAGUCACUUUGUAAUCCACUUUUGUUACAGAUGUCAUUGUCCUUUUAUUGUUAUUAAAAUUAAUAUUAUUUCAUGUACUU